ACAGUGGGAAGAUGCUGAUGAACAGAAAUGAAACUUGGCUCCCUAAUUCCUCCUCUGCUGACUCAUCCUUUGUGGAAGGAGCUGGCAACUUGGCAGGGAUCGGCCUGCAGGAGGUGGUCAUUGGCCUGAUAUUAACCCUCAUUGACUUGAUCACGCUCCUGGGAAACACAAUAGUGUUCAUCUGCCCGGUGGUGGAAAAGAGGCUGCGCACCGUCACCUAUAUGUUUAUCAUGUCCUUGGCCAUGGCAGACUUCCUUGUAGCUUGUCUGGUCAUGCCCUUCAGCAUCAUUUAUGAGGUGACGGGGAUGUGGCUGUUCGGGAAGCUCUUCUGCAAAGUCUGGAUCUCCUUCGAUGUCAUGUUCUGCACCGCAUCCAUCGUCACCUUGUGCUUCAUCAGCCUGGACAGGUACUGCUCCGUCGUGACCCCCUACCACUAUUCAAGAAGGAUGUCCCGUGGCAGAUGCAUCGCAAUGACCUGCAUGGUCUGGGUAUACUCCUCUCUCAUUUCCUUCCUUCCUGUCAUGCAAGGCUGGAACGAGAUCCCCGGGGUGGACUUCGAUGCAGGAAGAGAAUGCAUCUUUGUCACCAACUGGAUUUUUGCCAUCGUGGCUUCUGCUCUGGCGUUUUUCGUUCCCUUCAUGGUCAUGUGCAGCAUGUACUUCUUCAUCUACCGUGCUUCGCGGCUCAAGGCCACUCGGAUCGUGUCUCAGACCCUGGAGAUCCACUACCACCCCAACAGCAAGCGGCAGAACCACCUGCAGCUGGAGAACAAGGCCACACGCACCAUCAGCAUCAUCAUUUCAGUCUUUGUGCUCUGCUGGCUGCCCUACUUUGUCCUCAACGUCUGGCUCGCAGCAAGAGGCACCGACUCCACCAGCACGGUCUUGGUUGAGGCAUUCAAGAUUAUCACUUGGUUGGGGUAUUGCAACUCCACCAUCAACCCGAUGCUUUAUGCUUUCCUGAACAGGGACUUCCAACGGGCCCUGAAGAAGCUGCUCAUCUGCAGGCACAGGUCUCAAGUGAACAUUGGAGAAGACAUGGUUUCCAUAGCCACGUUUUCCAAGACUGCUCCAGACAUGGAAUAUAGCAUUACGGUGCCAAUGCCCAAUGGUGCCCUGAAAGGCAAACCCAAGUAAUAGGGAUUCAGAAUCAGCUGCUGGAGGUGGACGUACAGAAAGUGCCAGAGCGCAUCCUAAUGGAAAAAAUAAUGGGUAGGAAAACAGGGGAAGGAGGGGCUGGAAUAUUACAGCUGGGGACAUAGGGCAAAAGUGCAUUUCUUCAUCUUCCAGUUUUAUAAACAAGGAACUUUGAUAUUUUAGGGGCAACUUGUUAUAACUAAUGGAGCUAAUUCCUUCCUGCCUAAUUACUUUUUAAUGAGCAUUUCCUAAGACAAAUUCAACCUUCAUGCAGGGGAAAACAACAUCAGUAUGAUAAUGUGAACUUGUCUCUGGGUACAUCCUGGUGAUCUGCACUGUAAGGUGGGACAGUGUUUCUCAUUUCUCAAGCCACUGGAGCUCUCACCUUGCAGCUUACAUUACAGAUUUCAUAGAACCAUAGAACGGUUUGGGCUGAAGGGGCCUUAAAGCUCACCCAGUUCCAAUCCCCUGCCAGGGGCAAGGACACC